AUGAGUGAAUUUCACAAGGACAAAACAACUCGGUCAACAGUGUCGCACACGACGGAUGAAAUGAUCUUCCAGUGGGAUCCUGACGUGCCACUCGUCGUCGACGAGAACAUCGAGCUGCCGCAGCUGCAACUGGUUAAGAACUACACGGCCGAUUGCACGCAGGUCUAUUCUACUGAUUGCAGUAAAGUUGAACAAAAUCCAGAGUUAAAUGUAGAUUCAAAGAAUUUGAGGAACAUGAAGUUAAUGGAAAUUUCUCGAUGUUUAGGUAACUUCACUUGCCUCGAGUGGGUGUCCUUCUGGAUAAAACCGGAAGCAGCACCAGCCAGAGUAACGCUGGGCGUGACUUCCUUGCUUACCCUUUCGACGCAACACGCGAAGAGUCAAGCGUCUCUCCCUCCUGUCUCGUAUCUGAAGGCCGUGGACGCGUUCAUGUCUGUUUGCACCAUCUUCGUGUUCAUGGCGUUGAUGGAGUAUUGCCUGGUGAACAUCGUCCUCGGCGAUUCGGAUGCACCUCCGAAACCGGCGCCUCCACCACCGCCGCCAUCUUCCAGCGGCGGCGAUGCCGCCAAGCUUGACAAAAUCUUCGACAUCGCUACUAAGGUAACGCCUGGAUGA